AUGUAUAGGAAUAUUUAGGAAUAGUAAUUCUGAUUUUGUUUGGGAAACUUCUUUUCAUGGGCUGGUGGAGUGGCUCAAGUGCUAAGAAUGCCUGCCUAGCAAGUGUGAAGCUCUGAGUUCAAACACCAGUGCUGCCCAAAAAGAAACUUUUUUUUCAAAAGUAAAGGUCAAAAGUGUCCAGUUAAAUUUCUUAACAGCCUUUUAAAAGAAUUUUUAUCUCACAUACCAGCAUAAUGGGAGAGGGUGAUUAUGAUCAAAAUGCAUUCAUGUAUGUAUAAAAAUGUCGUAAUGGCACCCAUUAAGAUAUGCUAAUAACCCCUCCCCCCCCACAAAAAGCCCUUUUAUCUUAAUAGUUAAUUCAGGCCAGUUUCAUUGUGAGCAGUUCUACAGUAAGGCAGGCAGCACUGUGGUCCAGACAAUUCUGGGCUCCUUUACAUGCUCCCAGUAGCUCUACUGUGUGAUUAAUUAUUGUGUAAUAAGGGGUAACAUGCAGUGCAGAAUGCAUACUCAGCACAACACACACACCCCUGCCCCGCCCCCCGAGUCAAACACUUAACACCUGUUCUGCGUGGAGGAGAAAGUCAUCAGAGCUCCAUCUUCCACUUGAAGUGGAGUUUAGUUCUUUUUGGAACAUCACACUUGUACUACAGAAGUAUCCUACUAUAAAAGGAAAUAGGAAGAAGUUGGCCUAUACAGCACAAAGGGUCAGAUUUGUAGAGCCCUGUUAACAUUGCUGACAUCCCAUAGAGCUAGCCCUACUCCACAAUUGUACUGUCACGUUGAUCUAAGGACUUCUUUAUUCUUUGUCCCAGACCAUUUCCUCAGAGCUAGCUCCAUUUAGUUUUUAGUUCUUCCAAUAGGGAAUUUUGCUUUGUAGUUUUUUAAGGACUACAAAUCUUCCAAGCAUUUAAGAAUGCCUAUGCAUUGGUCCUAGGCCAGCAAGGAGACUUUAACUGUGCUCUUCAGACCCUUCAUUUUCUUGCCAGGCUAUAUCUCAGUGGGGUUGGGUACCAUGUUCUAAGUUAAAGAAGCUAUUGUGAAUAUUGCUUUAAAACAGCUUGGUAAAUAUAGUGGACCUUACCUUUGGAAAAGUGAUAAAGCAUGUCUGUUAAGUGUAGUGCAUGCUCUUAGUAAAGGCACUGUCUCUUAAUAUAUUAAUUCCUGGAACUGGCUGUUGAGUAAUAGAUUGUUCCUUUCCAAAGGGGACAGGUUAGAUUGGAUCUACCAACUUUCCAGUUACCUCUCCAAGGUUUGUUUCAGGUAUAGCUUGAGAUAGUAUGUUGAUUAGUUGCCCUGGCUGUUCUUAUUUUUCUCUUCACAGCAAGGAGACAUUCAUUUAUACACUGAAUAAUAGUCCUCGGUGUGAGGACUACCUGACUUACACAGGAUAAGCUAUGCUGGCCCGCAGCUCCUGUGGCUUCUAUUGCAGCAUUUCAAUUAAACGCAGAUAACUAAAGUGCUUUAGGCUUUGACCCCAUCAUGCCAAAAUAUGUCCACAGUGGAUUCAUAGAAUGCCUGUUUUUGUGGAGUGUGUUUAUGGCAAAUCAAAUUUGGUGUUUUAAUUAUAUGUUUUGACUAAACCCUCAAACUAUAAAAAUUGUCAGGGACUUGGGUAAAGUUAGACAGUAGGAAAUGUUUUAGGCUAACUUUGGAAAGCUGAGUGUGUUUCCUUCUCCUGUCUGCUUUUUUCUGCAGUGGGGAAAGUGCAUUUUGAAAGCAUUAGUGCUGCUUUCCCAUCAUGGGUAGAUGGUAUAUGGAGGUGGCGUGCGGUGGCAGGAGUGUGCAGGCGUGAAUCGCCUAGGGAUGCCACAGACUGGUGUGGAAGGAGGGCUUGGUGUCACCAGCCCUAGAUUAGGCAUAUUCUGGGGAUCAACAGUGGUAUCACACUUGGAGCAGUGAGGAAUGAGAGUCCUGCUUAUGCUUCUCAUUAGUGGGCCUCAGAGUUUAAUGACCACAUCGUCCUUCAGGUUUUUCUUCGCAGCCUAGGUGAAGCAAUCACGUAUUUGUGUUUUCCUAUAACAGUAGUAAAGUUUAAAUUUUAUUUUUUUUAUUUUAGUUUCUAUUUAUCAUGCAUUAAUAAUACAGGGGGAUUUCAUUAUGAUAAUUCCAUAAGGCUGAAAUUUCGUUAUGGAGGAAGAUAAUACCUCAGAAGCUUCUUUUUCAUGGCAACAUCAAGAGUGUACUUCACUUAAAUCCAGGCAUGGUGGUACAUGCCUGUAAUCCCAGCACUUGGGAGGCUGAGGCAGAAAGAUCCUGAAUUUGAGGUCAGCUUGGGCCUGCUUGACCCUGUCUGAAAAAAAGAAAAAACAAAAAGCAAAUACUUCACUUAGAGUACAGCCAGCCUGGUGAGAAUGUUCUUAUCCAUUUGCUGGCUUUGUGUUGGAUUUGCAUUUAAUGUCUUACUAGUAUUCAUGAAUUCAGUAGACAUUUGAUUGCCUACUGUGUGCCAAACACAGAAGAUAACAGUACUAACCAAGCCUGGCAACAGCCCCUGCUUCAGUGGAGGAGGAUAAACAAAUGAGUGAGGCUCACAGUGCUGCUGCGUGCUGUUCAGGCAGGGAGUUGGGAAACAUGUGAAUAGACAGAUGCUUUAAAAUUGGAUGACCAAGGAAAACGUCACUGAGGGAGGUAACAUUGUGGAGGCCUGAGGUUGGGGUUUCCCAGUGCGUGCAGGGACUGGCAUGGUGUCUAGUGUGGCUAUAUCAGAGUAAGCAAGGGAGAAAAUAUAAAGGCAGGAAGCUGGAGAGGCACUGAACAACUGGAAUUUGCAUGACACUUUGUUUUUUGUUUUUUGGGUUUUUUUAGCAAGGUUUUGAACUAAAUAGUGACAUAAUUUGAUGUUCUUUUUUUUUCUUUUGGUACUGGGGUUUGAACUCAAGGCCUCAUGCUUGCUAGGCAGGCACUCUACCACUUGAACUACACCCCCAGCCUUGAUGUACAUGUUGAGAACAGACUGUAGCCAGGCAGGAGUUAGGAGCAGGAGACUGGUGAGCUGCCUUGUUAGCACUGGCACAGGUGAGCAACAGUGGCCGGUACGCACUGGCGAGCUGGUGGUGGAGAGCGACUGGCAUUUUAGGUUCAAUUGUGAAGUAGGCUGGGGAGAUGUGAGUGGGACAGGGGAGACAAUGACUGACGUUUUAGCUAAAGAAGAGUAUAGGUGGCAUUUCCUGAGCUUGAGACACCUCAGAAGAAGAGUGAGGGCAAGCAUACAUCCAAAAGUGUGUUAUAAACACCUGACUAGCAAAUUCCCCUGUGUAUUAAUGAGAUGGUGUUUAGCUCGUUUUAUUAAUGCUUUCAGAUGGAAUUAUAUGCGCAGAAGCAGUCACAGCUCCACUGGCAUGCCUGUGAAGCUGUGUGCACCCUGUGCUAGCAACAUUGACUGGCUAAAACUGGCUUGUUUUUAAGAGAAGAACGUUGUAAAUACCUCCCAGGAUUGCUGUGGGGAGCAUGUGUUACAAAGGAUGUGUAAGGGUGCCACAUGUCUGCUCAGCAGAAGCUUCCUUUUCGUUAAUGAGCUGGUACACUCUUGCUUUAUAGGAAAAAGUAUCCUGUGAGCACUUAAACAUGCGAGUCCUCCAAGCAGCCACAUUUCUUUAACUCUCUCAUUCAGUUCAGCUGGCAAGAGAGUUGUUCUGUUUCCGUGCUCACCAUGAGGUUGUACUCCAAAAACAUACAUUGGCUUAACAUAACGUGCACUAGCUUGCUGUUUAAGUAACCCCCUAGAAUGCAGUUGUUCCAUAAGAUGGAGUUGCCACAACCAGCAGUACUCUUCACCUCUGGCAUCAUCACCUACACCAUCUCCCAUGCCCUCAUGUCUUCUCAGUAACUCUCCAGAGCUAAUGUUGAUUCAAGUAGGUGCCCUUCAUUGACCACAACUCUUACCAGGUACAGUGCAAGUGCUUGUUUCUUAGGGAAGAAAGAGAGAGAAAUCAUUGGAAACAUCAUGCAAAGAGAAAAGGAGAUGAAUGUAAGUUAGGCAAUGAUUUAGGGAGAAUCUCACAAGCCUUACUUCAUACAGACCUAUUUGGAUUGUACUCUGAGCUUCUCGAACCAAUGUUAGGACAACUUCUGAAGCAGAGCAGGCCAGUCCCUGUUAACUCCAGCUGAUUAGGCACAGCCUCAAGAGUUGGCAGGUGGCAACUGCUCAUGUCCUUCCUUAAAAACAGAACGCUUCCAUGAAGAGUGCAGAAUAAAUAGAGAGUACAGUGUAAGUGACCAUCAGAAGCAGAAUGCUGCUUUCCAGACUUUUAUGAGCACAUUUAUCACCUGCUGUAUAGCAAUUACUAUUAGUGCUGUACUUAAUUAUUUGUAUAUCUUGACUUCUAAUUAAUAUAUUUCCCCCAAUACUGUGUGAUGUUUACAGAUUCAGAAAUCAUUUUAUCAUGAAUUGGUUAGAGUUUGUGUUUGUGGUUUUCUUAAUGACUGAGUUGGCUAUACAUUCUGUGAUAAGGGCACAUUUUCAGGGGCAGAAGAUUUGGGCCUUUUUGUGAGCUGGGAAGUAUCAAGUUGUAACAUGACCAAUUCUUUCUUAGUGUGGGCAGGAAAGUUAAGAAUUUUAAGUGAAACGGUUAUAUUUAAACCCGACCUUUCUAGUGGCUCAUUAGUAAUCCCUUGGGAUUAUUUUUAUCUGCUCCUUUGCUUUUGCCUUCCCCUUUGUCAGUAUUUAAUUGGAGGUAAUUAUCAAAGGUAAUCAUUAAAAUAUAGUGACUGGUCUCCCUUUUGAGUGUGGUCUCCCCUUUGAGUGUCAUGCUAGUGAUGAGGAGUGAUACCACAGAGGUGGGCAGCAGCAGGCAUGUGGUCAGACUGAGGAAAGUUUGUUCUCCAUGAUUGGGUGGGUUCAGAACUUUACUGGUACUUCUGGGGUUUUUAUUAUACAUUGAGAAAACUGAAUAUGAUUUUUUUCCAUAAAAAUGCUGAUACAAAUGUCCAAAACUUUUCUAUGUUAAAUAGUUUUUUACAUUUUUAUGCAUAUAGGUUACAACCUGCCAUAUUCAUUCAUCCAGUGAUGAUGAAAUUGACUUUAAAGAAACGGGUUUCUCACAGGAUUCCUCUUUGCAGCAAGCCUUUUCUGAUUAUCAGAUGCAACAAAUGACGUCCAAUUUUAUUGACCAGUUUGGCUUCAACGAUGAGAAGUUUGCAGAUCAAGAUGACAUUGGCAAUGUUUCUUUUGAUCGAGUAUCAGACAUCAACUUUACUCUCAAUACAAAUGAAAGUGGAAAUAUUGCCCUGUUUGAAGCAUGCUGUAAGGAAAGAAUACAGCAGUUUGAUGAUGGUGGCUCUGAUGAGGAGGAUAUCUGGGAGGAAAAGCACAUUGCAUUUACACCAGAAUCCCAAAGAAGAUCCAGCUCGGGGAGUACAGACAGUGAAGAAAGUACAGAUUCUGAAGAAGAAGAUGGAGCAAAACAAGACUUGUUUGAAUCCAGUAGUGCUAAUACAGAAGAUAAAAUGGAGGUGGACCUAAAUGAACCACCCAACUGGUCAGCCAAUUUUGAUGUCCCGAUGGAGACUACCCAUGGCACUCCAUUAGACUCAGUGGGGUCUGAUGUCUGGAGCACAGAAGAGCCAAUGCCAACUAAAGAGACUGGCUGGGCUUCUUUUUCAGAGUUCACAUCUUCCCUGAGCACAAAAGAUUCUUUAAGGAGUAGUUCUCCAGUGGAAAUGGAAACCAGCACUGAGCCCAUGGAUCCCCUGACUCCUGGUGUGGCUGCCAUGGCAGCACAGCCUGAAGCACCAGGUAGCAUGGCCAUGGAAGCCAGCUCGGAUGGGGAGGAGGAUGCCGAGAGUACAGACAAGGUAACUGAGACCGUGAUGAAUGGCGGCAUGAAGGAAACGCUCAGCCUCACUGUAGACGCCAAGACAGAAACUGCCGUCUUCAAAAGUGAAGAAGGAAAACUGUCUACCUCUCAAGAUGCUGCUUGUAAAGAAGCGGACAGCCCUGAGCCUGUAGAGGUGAAGUGUGCAGUCCCCCGGCUCCCCAGCAGCAGUCCCGAGCAGAGUCACCUUUUGCUUAGACUGAGCCAGUGGUCUGAAGGGAUAAGCCAAAGCGUCAGCCGCCGAGGGCCGGCAACCGGGCCAUACACACGGCCUCGCAGGUAGAGCCAGGUGGCCUCAGGUGCACCGGAGCCCACGCCAGAAGAUGAAUGACGAUUUGCCCCUGGACACAAGGAACUUUGUUCAGCACCUCCCAGUUAUCUAAGAUUGUAUAUUCCUUCCGUAAGGAAUAAAGUGACCUUUAAAGCAAUCUCAUAGACGUUGUAUUUUCCCGCUGGCCGUACUCCCCCAAAGGGUUCAGGCAUCCUACAGAACACAACCAGCUGGAGCCAGCAGGGGGCCCUCUCUCCUCACGGAUCUGAAAACUACUAUUCAUGGCAUAGCAAGCCCAGUUUUUGUUCCUCUCCUAGAAAUUCUAGCCAAAAUGAGAAC